GACUGCCUGCAAACUGCAAAACCCUGUCUAAUUCGUCCCUAACCUUCAGUUUUACCAAUCAUGAAUUUAUAAUGAAUUUAUAACAAUUUUUCGCCUCCUCUCAUGUCCUCAACCACCCGAGAAUAUCGUUCGCAGGAUGACUGACCCCUCAUCUCUCUGGACCAUCGUCCUCCCCGUCACCGCUUUUUCUUUCUCCUUAGUCGUCAACGCGCACUUCUUUACUUCUUAUACGACCGCGUACUUCUCCGCGCCGCACGAGAUCACCGUCUUCAUAGACACCGUCGACUUUUCAAUCCAGGAGAACGACAGCUACGACAGCGAUGUCUCAAAGGUGCAGAGGCUAGAGGACAAGCUCCGGUUAGGCCGGCUGCUGCGAGAGAUUCAAAAGAUUGGCGACGAAUUGCGAGAUGAUAUAAACCAGCUUGUGACGGCUGAGGGCGGGACAACGCUGCGAACCAGCGCCCGCAUUCUCUGGGCAAAUCACAGGACAAAACUGGAAGAGAAAUUACGAAGACUGGACAUGUUGCGCAUGCGUUUCCUAGUCGUAUACGUGGGUAUUGUUGCAAAUGCUAGUAAAACCGCAGCACCGAAAGAUCCCGAGAAAGCUGCCAUAUAUGAAGCCCCCAAAGGUUUUCCGAAGGGCCUAACCGAGAGCAUCAAGCAGAGACCACCUCUGAGAAAGGUAUCCACACAGCCGAUAGCACAUCACGAGAAAGCAGAGCCGUCGCAGAGGAGACAAUCUAUGCCAUUAGGCCAACAUGAAAAGGCGGAGACGCCACCGAGGAGACUAUCAACGCAGACGUUAGGACACUACGAAAAGGCGCAGACCCCGCACCGGAUGGGCUGGAUGCACGUCGUGGAUGAGUUGCAACGCUCCCCGAUGAUGCAUAGGCGUCACGCCUCAGUCGAGCAGAGUAUGCGCUCGCCGCCGUCUAUGUCGCCCCUAGGUAGCCCGGUUGCUCUAACGCCGCAAAUGGAUAACGGACGGUUCCGCGAAGCAAUAGAGUCUAUCCCGGAACACCGCCUAGCGGAGUAAUGACCAAUGACCUUUGACGAGCAUAUCACAUAACGACGUUGAACGACGACACCAUGACCCCGGAAUCCGGUGAGCCUUGUUAUGAGCAUUUUACGCCUACUUAAUUCAUUGCACGAGGAGUUUCGGUCACUUCACGAGAUACCCCCUUUUUUAUAUUUCGUUGCAUAUCACUACAUCACCCCGGUUCUCACUUCACGUAUAUAACUAACUUCGGCCUUCCUUUUGUUACCCCUUCAAAAAUUGGAUUUUAUAUCAUCGUUACCAUACCCGUUCUUAAUCGUCUUUGAACUGAAUCAUGAAUUUGGGAAUGUCGUAUGUAUCGGAUCUAGUGUAGGGGCAUGGACUCGGCUGGGCGGACGGACGGACGGACGGACGACAGGAUGAUGCAACGAG